AUGACUGUCUCCUUAGUCGUACUGAGCCCUGCUAGCAGGUUGUAUGACUGGGAUGAGCAGGUUUCUUCUACAGCACAGCAGGAGACGCGGGCUCCACUGGACGGUGGCUCCACCAAGGAGACACACCAUCGUAUAGACGAGGGAAAAAGGAAUCGCCAAUAAGUCAGAUCUCGAAAAAAGAAACGCAACAGAGACGGUCACAAUAAGACAACUUGAGGGUUAUCUAGAUAUAGAGCAUAUAGACUGACUCCACACCGGAGUAUCAGGAUGAAAAUCCGCGUGAUGCAGAUCUGGGGCUUCCUGAUGACAGUGAUGGGCUGGAUCUUUGUGGCAUGCACCAUGGCCAUGGAGGGCUGGAAGGUCACGUCCAUCGGGGGCAUGGGCGGCUCGGCUGUCAUCAAGGUGGCCUGGUACUGGUCUAACCUGUGGAAGGCCUGCUUCACCGACUCCACUUCUGUCACCAACUGCCAAGACUUCCCUGUGCUCUGGUCCGUGGACAACCACAUCCAGAUUGUGAGGGGCCUGCUGAUGGGUGCUCUGGCUGUGGGGAUGCUGGGGUUCGUACUCAGUCUCAUUGGGAUGGAGUGCACCUUCCUCGGGGGCAAGGACAAGUCGAAGUAUAGGAAGCUCUUCACUGGAGGAAUCUUUCACAUCAUCAGCGGCUUUCUGGCUGCGUCGGGAUAUGCUGUCUACGCAAAAUACGUCUCCGGGGAAUACUUCAACCCCUAUUUUGACGGAUUAAAGUUUGACCUGGGGACUCCUCUGUUUCUUGGCUGGGUGGGAUCAGCUUUCCAUAUGACCGGGGGUUGGUUCUACUUGGUCUCUGUGUGCAAACUGCUCUGUGGGGAUGAGAGCAAAACCAUAAUCAUCCCUGAACUUCCCGAGGUUGAGAGCGACCAGGCCAAGUCCACCACACCACAGUCCCCAGUAUCCCAGAUCACCUCAAAGAUCAAGGUUUCAUCUGCAUCUAAGAUCUCUUCCAAAGCUGCACACUCAGAUGUGUCUGCCAUCUCCUCAAGGUCCGGUCAGUCCGGUCGCGCGUCCAAAUCAGAGCGGUCUGGGCGGUCCUCAAACUCGGUGCAGUCCUCGAAUUCUGGCGAUGGGUCUUUGACGUCUGGUCGUUCAUCGAGGUCGAGGUCUCGUGGGUCAGUGCACUCUGAGGUGAGCAGCGGCAGCAGUGCUACAGUGUCCUCUUUAUCCAGUGGGUCAGGGAGGAGCGAGAGAGAACCGUUUAUCAAAAACUCCUACAUAUGACCUGGUUCUGUUCAAGUAUGUGUGAUUUUGACCGGAUUGAACUGAAGUAACAAUUGUAUAUACUGUAUAUGAUGAUUAGGGCUGUCAGAGUUAAUCCGUUAACUUUAUGGAAUUUUAGUGAACUCCUGUUUUGUAAAUGGGGAUUAAUCUCAUUGUCUGAAAGCUUUCAAAAUACAGUGAGAAUAUUCAAAAUACAUCAUUUACACAGCUAAAAAAACAAACUAUUCAAUGUCAAAACACGUUAACAAUGAGGUUAAAUUAAGUGUGUUUAUCAAUUUACCUGAUUUGCUAACCGUUGCUUUGGACAACUCAAUUUGAGCAAAUUCUGAAUUUGCGAUGAAUCACAACAAAUCCUUUGAUUAACUCGAUUAAAUGUUUGAAUCGUAUGACAGCCCAACGAUGAUCCAAUUGUGAAUCUGUAUGUGGGGGAAUGUCUCUGUAUCUAAGGGCCUUUUAUCCUGGGUGUGUUUCACUAUCAUUAAAUAAAAUGCUUCAUCACA